CUCUCUCUCUCUCUCUACAUUUUCUCUCAUGGCUGCUUCGUUUGCUCCAUUCUCCGUUUCAGGUAGAGCGCAUCUGAGGACACCUGAGCUGUGUGUAACAAAGCGUAAUUUAUGUGUUCCAAAGAAAUCAACUUUGGGUGUGAACAGGAACCAUAGAUCGGCAAUUUCUGCAGAAUACCGUGAAACUAGUGGAGGUGGAGGUGGGGAUUUUCUUGCCGGCUUUCUUGUGGGAGGUGCAAUUUUUGGAACUUUAGCUUAUAUCUUUGCCCCCCAGUAUGUGAUGCAGCUCAGAAGAUCUCUGCUUAAUGAAGAUGAAUAUGGGUUUCGCAAGGCCAAAAGACCAAUGUAUUAUGACGUAGGGUUAGAGAGGACGAGGCAGACAUUGAACAGAAAGAUAAGCCAAUUAAAUUCUGCUAUUGAUGAUGUUUCUUCACGUUUGAGAGGUGGCAAUAACGUACCUGCUGCACAGCGCGGAAGCGAUCCUGAAGUGGAAGCUACCAUGUGAAGUGUUUCCUAUUGAUUUUUGUUUGAUACUGAUGUCAAUGAUAAUAUACUUCAAGAAAUUGAAGACCAAAUUACUAGAUUCUAACUAUUUAUCAGUGUUUUAUUUUUUUAACGUUUUGUAGAGG